UAUUCGAGCAGGCCAAUGUUACAGUUCUUACAGAAGGCUGUGUGGACAAGGUCUACCAAUAUUUUGGUUGUGUCCCAUCGGACCAAGACGACCCAUGGUUUCCUAUGACAUAUUGUAAAAUUCUGUUUCUGUUUUAUCUAAACUGCUUUAUACUUAUACUUGCAAAAAUGUAAUUAGUUUUUUAAUUUCUGUUUGGAAUUUUAAUUAUUUUUAAUUGAUAAAUGAAAAAGCAAUGGAUCUGCAUGCUCAGAUGAACAAAGGUUAUGUAAGUAAAUUCUGAAAGAAAAGCAAGGCAUAUGGUGCACAACAUGUGGACAUGUAAUCAUUUAAGAUUGAAGAAGAAUGUAUGUUUAUUGCUAGUAAAAAAACAAGUAGUCAUUUUUAAAUGAAUUGAACUGUACUCUACUUUGUUGUAGUUAAGUAAAUUGGAUGUUUUUUCUAUUAUAGUAAAAUGGCCAAACCAGUUUGACCAAAAUCCAGUCAGGAAUGUCUGUGGUGUGUUGCCAGAGUUUAUAAUAGUGUUACAGGGCCAGAGUUUAUAAUAGUGUUACAAGGCCAGAGUUUAUAAUAGUGUUACAAGGCCAGAGUUUAUAAUAGUGUUACAAGGCCAGAGUUUAUAAUAGUGUUACAAGGCCAGAGUUUAUAAUAGUGUUACAAGGCCAGAGUUUAUAAUAGUGUUAGGCUGGCAAUAAGUCUGUAUAGAUUUUGAUAUUUUAAAAAAAAAAAACAAAUGCGUAAAUUAUUUUUAAAAAGUAUUGACUUAAAAAAUUCAACAAAUAGUUCUAUAUGGGCAUUUGAAGUAUUCAUUUUGCUGUAAGUGAAGGCUGGCUGAUAAAAAAACUACACAUACUUUUUUUAUAAUCCCUCAAUAUCAUUGAAAUCUGGUUGAACCAAUAUCUUAGUGCUAAAUCAAAAGUAAUCAUUUGAUGGUUCUCAGUCAGGUUCCAGGUGAGAUGUCAUUUGAUGGUUCUCAGUCAGGUUCCAGGUGAGAUUGUCAUUUGAUGGUUCUCAGUCAGGUUCCAGGUGAGAUUGUCAUUUGAUCGUUCUCAGUCAGAUGUCAGUUAAGAUGUGAUGUGUCAUUUUUUUUAAAAAUACCUAGUGUUUUGUCAGGACUGCAUUAUUAUUUAUGUCUUAACAUUCUUUUAUGGUAAGAGAUAUCACAUUGUAAGCAGUUUGGAUAUGAGAAUAUAUAUGAAAGCCUAUGUAUAUAGAUAUGUAUAUAAAUAUCAUCUUUUCCUUUUUGUGCCCAAGAGACAUGAGGCUGCUACUUGCUACAGAAAGCUCCCUCCACUUUUGUCGGUCACCGGAAAUUUUACUGGCAGUCCCCCAUGACAGUCCUGCUUCUGCUUCCUGGCAGUCCCCCAUAACAGUCCUGCCUCUGCCAGCUGCUUUCUGGCAGUCCCCCAUGACAGUCCUGCCUCUGCUUUCUGGCAGUCCCCCAUGACAGUCCUGCCUCUGCUACUUGGCAGUCCCCCAUGACAGUCCUGCCUCUGCCAGCUGCUUCCCCGCCGUGCACAUCCACGUUUCCCUUGGCCUUACCUGCUUUCAUUUUCCUUGAGACAUCAAGUUGAGCAUCAUUCCUGCAAUGUCAUCUGGAUUCAUUCAUGCAACAUCCAUCGCCAUCUUCUUUUUUCAUUUAUUUCAGAAACUGCAUUCAGUUUCAUCUCUCCUAGUAAUCUAUCAUUGGAGAUAGGGUUAGGGUUUUACUAAUGAAAAGUCUGCAUUUGGUCUUGGAGAUUUUCUUUGAUCACAAUGUUUUUAGCAUGAUUAAAUACACACACAUAUAUAUAUAUACUAGCUGCAUCCCGUGCUCCGCCACGGUAAAUCUUUUUUAAAUGUACCAACUUGGGAACAGAACAAAACUAAACACAACAUAAACGAACGCAAAAAAAAAAAAACAAAAAAACGAAAAAACAAACACAACACUCAUAACAUAAACACAAUUUAAAUGCAAUCAUAAAGGCAUAUUGCUCACAGUCUAGCCCGUAGCGCCAAAUCGCGCCCUUUCCAGUGAUUUGCACCCCCCUCAAACUUUCGA